GCACUUUCGUGUAAACAACGAACGGGGAUCAGACAGUUAGACGGGAUCGCAUAUAAUUAUAAUACGAUUCGACGAGACACUGAGCACGAGUGCUGGCUGCUGCUUGUUUAUGACUUCAUUUUUUGUGAUCAAAAGCAUUAUCUAACUCGAUAUUUGUGUUGGGAAAAUGACGGCACUUCCAAGGGAAGUUUUUAAGUGGCUACAGAGCCUCGAUCUAACAUUUCCCAUCAGAAAUAUUCGAAGAGAUUUCUCCAAUGGCUACAUCGUGGCAGAGAUCUUUUCAUGGUACUAUCCACAAGACAUUCAGAUGCACAAUUAUGAUAACUGCAAUGGUCUACCUGGCAAAGUAGGAAACUGGUCUCAACUUCAAACAUUUUUUAAGCGGCGAAAUAUUGAGAUACCAGAAGAGUUAAUGGAAGGGACACUACACUGCAAGACAGAUGCUGCUGAACUUCUUGCACAAUAUCUCUACACAAAACUCACCAAUAGAAAAGUGAAGCGGCUUGCCCUGGACUACGACAUUGAUUUUACCGAUCACUCUUACCAGCUGAGUUUGCCGAAGCAUGCACGUUCUACUGCAUCCACCUCAGUGAAAAACAACUUGAAGAUUACAGAAUUCCUUACUGCACCAAAUAUCAUCACGUGUCAACAAAAGGCCCAGGAGAUUAUUCAUAAACACAUACAGCAUAGACAGGAAGAGAGGCUUGAAGAACCAGAUCAUUUUGAUAUAAAGCCAUCUAUUGGUCAACGAUGUGUUCGACGGCCACCACCAGCCAAUACCUACACAGGAGAGGGCAUGGGUUGGAAGGACCAAUCACAGGCAGCCAGUCGCAUACCCAAUACAUCAUCAAGGAAGCCCAGUCCUGAUAAACCAUCCACAGUGAGGUCACCUGUAGGCAACAACGUGACCUUCAGAGAGAUUCAAGUUGGCCAACUCGACCACACCUCCCAGCCAGCAGUACGACCUGUUGCUAGUCUCUCCUCAAGUCCUGUACUUCCACCUAUCAGUGGCAGAUCAUGAUGAAUAUUCAUCCCAUUGUCUACUCAGUCUGCAGAAUGGACUAGGCCUGGGCGACUAGUGUUUAAGUCGUGACUAUUGAUUGCUAGUGAAGUUGCGUCUGCUGUUUUUUAACUAUUCCGUUAAUCGUGCUGCCACAACUACUUCAAAAAUAUACAAGACUUCCUGCUCGGUGAACCAAAAGUGUUGCUCAAGACUAUUCACAACAACAUAAUUUUCUUAUCAUGAAGCACAAUCACACAUCAGUGACACAAUCCUUCAAGCCUUGCAUCGAGAAUUUUACUUUUGCAACUGCGGCAAAUAAUUUGCCGCAAUGCAUCUUGGAAAUGAAAAAUUAGUCCCGACUACAGUCCAAACUGCGACUAUUUGAGGCGUGAUUAGUCGAGUAAUAAAUUUCACUAGUCGUCCAGGCUUAGAAUGGACCUUAUGCAUUGGAUCAUAUGGUGGUCAUCACACCAUUAUCUCAGAGGCAAAACAAUGCUGAAUUACGCUCUUUUACCUCUUGCUCAGGGCGCCCUGCUUUAAAGACAUCAUUAUGCUGAAGGUCUUAGGCAAGUUGUUUUUGCAAUUUAUAUCAGCAGGUGUAAUCCAACGAUAUCAGCCAUGCUAGUAUCAAUUCUGAAAGACACACCACAAAAGGUGUCAUGUGUCUGUGAUUUAUGAUUUCAUUAUCGGUUACUUUGAUUCACUUUGACUAUAUGCAAAAUGAAAUUGUCAUCCAUAAAGUUUUUGAUUGUUAAUUUACUAAAAAUAAUGCUUGAUCUUGUAUAAAAUUGUACAUAACUAAAUAAUUACAUUUUCAUGGUUAGCCUGUUCCUUCAUUAUUGUCUCAACAUGUGGGAAACAAGAUUAUUGUCAAUUUUGAACAGUAUUUUUUUUUCCAUAAUGUUUUAUGAUAAAGAAGUAACAUGCUCUACAUGUACAGUAUAUAAAAAUACAUUAUUGUUUAUUACAUGUUUGUUUGUUGAAAUAAAAUUUCUAGCUGGAUAAAAAUAACAUUCGUGUGUCAUAUUUUGUGAGUUGGUUCAAGUUAUUCAUAAUUUAUCUUUAAAAUGCAGAAUUCUCACUCACAGCAAAUACAUAGUUAUCAUAAAAAAGAGUUGAUUUUAUUCUAAAACUUUGUAAUUAUUACACACCAAUUUAAUUGCUACUUCAACAAAAGUUUACAAUUGAUGGUCCAGUUUGGACACUUCUUCAGGCCAAACCACUUUGGGUAGACUUUCUACAAAAUCAGAAUCUUUGAUAACAAAUUUGACAGAAAUUUAAUGACAAGACACCAAAUUAUUUAUGAUUACCAAAGGCAAACUUAAGACACACUUGACAUGUACAUGUAGUAUGCUACAUAAUCGAUCAUGGUAAAAUAAUGAUUCAUCAAACAAUUUUAAUUGAACUGUUAAAUCAAUUUGACACUUCAUGAUCAUGUAUUAAGUAAGUUCUUGUACACAACACACUCGGAUACAUUGUACAUAUAUACCUAAAGAUAACUUCCUUGAGCAAUUUCUCUGAGUUUCAUACAUUGCUGCCCCAAAAUACACAGGAACAAAACAAAUCGAUGGGGUUGGUUCUUAUCUAUUUAAACACUCUAAAAAGGAUAAAAUUGGCAUUUAUUUAAAUAAUAAACAAGAAUGUUGACUGGCAUAAAUCCAAUCCAUGUAUUUAAUUAACAUAGUUUGGUUAUUUCAGAGAAACAUUUCAGUUAAAUCUACCACACACAAAAUAAAGUCUCAAACUUUUACCUUAAACAAAGGGGGAAAAAAGGGGGGGGGG